AUGCCAAUCCCGCCUGUCAUCGACUUGAGUGACGAGGAAUGUCCAAGUGAGGGCCAAGAUGCCCAACUGCUGCCUUCUUUGUGGCGCAAGAAGCGAAAGCGGCAGACUGACGGCCCUCCUCCCCGGGAAACCAUGGAGUCACAGCUCAAAGUGCUGUUAGGGAAGCGAUGCGUGUCAUGCAGGCACAACUGCAUGCAAAAAUUUAGCGAACCGGCGAAGUUUGAAACUUUAGUUGAGUUCAAGCGGGACUGGCUGGCUUUGCACAAGCUAGACCAAGAUCAGGCUGUACCUUGGGUUCGACAACUUCAGGAUUUUGUAUUUGACCGGAUCCGCCAGACAUUGCUGGGACGAGCAGGAGAUGAAUGCGCUAGCUGGAUCAUUCUGGGCACUCAAGUCUGCCUGCGCUCCUGGAAGCGACUACACGGAGUAGGGAACGCUCGAUUUGACAAGUUGCGAGCUGCUGCAGAAAAUGGUAGCAUUGUACCACCAGUAGAUCUACGUUACUUGAAGAAGGGUCAGCCCGUGCAAGAUCGCCAUGGCGAUUGUGCUCGAGGAAGAAUUGUAUCAUUCUUGGAAAGUGUUUACCAUGGGCAGGCAGAGACCCUUCCAGAUGUCCGUGACAACAUUGUGGACGUGGACAUGAAGGUGAUAGAUGUUCAGGUGGUUGCAGAUCCGUACGUUGACGCAUUGAAUGCAGCCAAUCCAGCUACAGAGCUUCCUUCCAAGAAGGAAGGCAGAAAACAGCAUCAGAGAUUGAAGAACAAAUCAGUCCAGGUGAACACGGAUCGUUCCCAACUUGAAGAGCGAUUUCUGCCACCUGGCACUAUGAUGGAUUAUUAUGAGCUGAUGAAAGCAGCCGAACCAGAUCUCCCUCCAGUAAGCUUCAGCAGCUUUUGGAGGACGUGGAAAUCGGAGUUCACAAACUUAAAGUUUAGAGCAGCUUCAUCACACGCGGUUUGCGCUAUAUGCCUCAAACACAAGAUGUGGAUACAAGAGAUGAGCGGGCACGCUCGUGCGCGGACCAAGCAACGCGAGUUGUACUCCAAGCAUUUGCAGAGCCAAUAUAUGGAUCGGGUCGAAUACUGGACCCUCAGAUCAUCGGCGCGUUUAAGGACCUCCCUCGUGGUGAUGAUGAUUGACAGCUGUGAUCAAGCAAAAUUUUGCUACCCCAGGGGCAUGGUCUACCAAUCGAAAGAGUUGGCGUCUUUGAUCCGACCGAGGGCCCACAUCACGGCCAUCCUGGUCCACGGGAGGUUUCUUCUGUUCGGGGUCUCGAAGCACAAUUUCCCCAAAAAUUCAUCCACGAUGACGGAACUGAUUUCGCACGCCUUAACUCUGGUGCAACGAGAAGUCGGUGAUAUUUCAGGAAUUUCUUUGUCGGUACAAGCCGACAACACCACACGUGAAAUGAAGAAUAACACGUUGUUGAAGUGGAUGAGCUCAAUGGUCAGAUCCGAUUUCAGCCCACAAGAUGAGUUCUGGAGCUUGCAGCCUCAGCCUGGUGAUGUGAUUGUGCGGACAAAGCAAUAUAUGGCGUCCCCAAAGUGGGAGACUUGUCAUGUCCAUUUGCCUCGGGCUGUUGCGCAAGUGAGGGUGCCUCUGGGUUUGCCAAAUGCCAUUGCGCCUCGCAAUCCCAUCCCAGCGGACUACAAGGAUCACAUUCUCAAGUUCAUCCCUUCCUUGGAGCAGUACAAGCUUUACAGAGCAGCGGAGCAUUUGAAAUCUUGGGUGCUGGAUCAGCUUGUCUUGCAGCCGCUCCUUGAUGUUUCCGCGCUGACCCGUGGAAAGGACACCCGCAAGGACGCCCAAGCCUACGUUGCCAGGGCGAGAGAGUCGAUCACUUUGAAAGCAGCUGCAACAGCAUGGGCUCACGGAGUGCCUUGGGGUGAAGCCUUGGAUAUCGCCACGAGGACACUGGCAAAGGCUUCCCCCAAGCCAAAGGCGCUUCCAAAGCGGGGACCUAGGAGGAGAUGA